CUGUCUCAUCCAUGAUCCACCCCAUGUUGCAAUAGCUGCUGUGGCUUACUCAAUAACUGUUUCCUACAGGAGCAGCAGGACAUUUGUCUGUCAGCACAAACAGCAAAAAACAAAUGUCUCAGCUACUUCAGCAGAGGAACUUACAUUCAUCACAGCAAUGAGAAGAGCAAAGCAUGUUACAGAAGCUGUGCUGUGUGAUUCUACUCAUCAUCCAGAGGGACACAGAAAGUAUACGGGUGAUUGGAGGAUGUAGGACUGUGGUACAGAGGGAGGAUGUGGACUUAUCCUGCAGACUGAUAGAGACAACCAAGGAGCUCAAACACAUAACAUGGCAGAAAAGUACUCGGGAAGAAAAACAGAAACAUAAUUUUAUGCAGAUUUAUCCCAAUGGGGUUACUACAUUUAUUGCACCAAAUGGAUUGAAAGGUAGAGUCCAGUUUAUUGGAAACCCAUCAGAAAACCUUGGAUCUAUUAGAAUAACAGCUGUCAGACUGUUGGAUGAAGGCACCUUCACAUGUAUCUUCAGUUUUUUCCCCAGUGGAGCAUACAAUAUAGAGAUACCUCUCACUGUGCUUGUUCCUCCAGUGGUGAGUGUGACAGUCAAUGUUCCUCUUGUAAUUGAGGAAAAUUACAUUGUCUUGGCAACCUGUGUGGCUGCUGGUGCCAAGCCACAGGCGGAGAUGAGGUGGAACACGGGUGCAUUCAGCAGUUUGUUGAGGACGGUGACCAACUCCACCCAGCACGUCAACGGAACCACCACAGUACUCAGCCACCUGCUCGGGGUGCCAACCAGAGCAGCCAAUCACGAGCAGGUCCAGUGUGUGGUCAACCAGUCUGCCCUGGCAACAGAGAAGACCUACAACUACACCAUAGACAUCCACUAUCCACCUCAGGCAGUGAACAUUACCCUUAAUGAGACCUCUCAAACCUCAGUCCUAUGUGUAGCAGAUGGCAACCCACAACCCAACUACACCUGGAGCAGAGUGGGCCAGCCAUGGCCUGGGUCUUCAGUGAGAGCAGAGGGAGACAUACUGCACCUCCUCAGUCUCAGCUCUGAGCUGAAUGGUCUCUAUGUCUGUGAGGCCUCCAACCCCUACGGACGAGCAACUGGCUCCCUCUAUGUACACACAUCCUCUGGCAUUCACCAGUUCCAGGCACCAUCACGGCUCUAAUAAAUCGCCGGACGGAGUGAGGAGACAGAAGUCAUUGUGAAAGGCUAGUAGAGGAGAGUAACGCCCAGUCUCAUGGUCACACUGCCCGAAGAGCACAGCGCCAGUGUAGUCAAUACUUUGAAAGACUCAACUCAGGCUAUUGCCAGUACUAAUCACACAACGUAAUCCAAAGCAGUUAGUAUUUAACAUGACACAUGAGCCAAGUAUUGUGAAAGAAAGCAAUAAAACACCACAUUUGAUCCUUCACAAGAUUAAACGUUAUGUUUUCUUAUUAAACGUAUUACAACAGUACAACAACAUUUAAGGUUCAUUGUAUUUACCUUCACUGUAUUUCUGUGGUUAAUAACAUACGCCAGUGUUCAAUUGUAUAGUGGGUUUCCAGAUAGCGCUUUAAGAUGUGAGUUUGAUUUGCACAGCAUAUCCUAGAUAGAGGGAAAUUACAUGUCCUUGAUUUAGAAAUGUGUCUGUGGUUGUGUGCAUUGGAUGACUUUGCUAUCAGAA